CGCUACUUGCUGGUCUUUAUCCGUUAGUGAUUAGAUGGUAAUCCACGUGGUUUGUCAUUUUCAUCGCUAGACUCGCCUCUUUGUUAAGUCACGCUCAUUACCUUCAGUGCAGCCUGUUGAGGUACUUCUGUUUCACCUCGCUCAAUUUAUAAUCUAAGGUUUUUUAAUAAGUUUGUUCUCAUUUCACACCAUAAAGGAAAAUGCCAGAAAAAUUCGGAGAAAACGAGAAGAACUGUAAGUUAUUCAUCGGUGGUUUAAAUUUUGAAACCACAGAGGAUAAUUUAAGGAAUCAUUUCGGAAAAUGGGGUGAUGUUGUCGACUGUGUUAUAAUGAAGGACAGCACUACGCACAAAUCUAAAGGAUUUGGAUUCGUAACGUUCAAAGACCCAGUCAGUUUAGAUAUGACCCAAAAAGAGCGUCCACAUACGAUAGACGGCAAAGUAGUCGAUACCAAAAGAGCAAUGCCCCGCGAUGAGGCUCAAGAAAACAAAGUGACCGUGAACAAGAUGUUUGUUGGUGGCUUGGACGAAAGUACGUCGGAGGAGCAAGUUCGUGAGGUGUUUUGCGCCUAUGGAGAGGUGGAAAAAAUUGAAAUGAUCAAAGACAGAACAACUGGCAAACCAAAGCGCUUCUGUUUCGUUACCUUCGACGACCAUGAUUGUGUAGACAAAUGUGUAAUACAGAAACACUUCAUGCUUAACGGUAAAAAUGUCGAAGUGAAGAAAGCUGUAUCGAAGAACGAACUUAACCAGAACAUGCGUGGCGGUCGUGGUGGUAUGAUGGGUGCUCGCGGUGGUGGCAUGAGAGGUGCUUAUUCUGGCGGACCCUAUGCAGGCCAGGGAUGGAAUUACGGCGGACAUCAAGGCUAUGGAGAUAGUUACGGAGCAAGUGGUUACCAAGGUUACGGAGACAGCUAUGAUGGAUAUGGACAUUUUGGUACCGCUUAUGGAAAAGGCUCGGGUGGCGGCCCUACCCGAGGACGUGGUGGCGGUAUGUACACACAGCGUGGUAUGGGACCUUACGGCGGAGGAUAUGGCGGCGGCGCUAAUUGAUAACUUCAAAAUUGAAAGGGAGGAAGACAUAAAAAGGAGAUCUUGUAUAUUCCCCAUUUAUAAACAGUUGUGAAAACAGCCAGGGGUCGCCCCUAACCCCUAAGUUUUUAUAUAUAUUUUUUUUCCAAACCAAAAAUGUAAAUUUAAAAAAAAAAAUAAAAUUAAAAUCAUCUUCUUGUAAA